UACAUAGUUUCAGAUUUGAGCAGGAAUACACAAGAACUCAAGAACAUGAACCUAGAUCACAAGAACUCAAGAACACAAAGUUCCUGGGCAUUCAACAUCUUUCCCAGAAAAUUUCACCAAACACUGAAAAAAUUCACAUCUAAAAAGCCGAUGCCUAAGAUCUUCAUCACAACAUUUUCUUUCCACCCAAAACCAGAAAUUUUCUUAUGAAACAAUCACACACAAACCCAGCCAAUUCGGCUCACAAUAACAACAAACCCAACCAACCUCAUAAAUUUUCCUUAAACAAUCAUCAACAUUUUCCCUAGAAAAUCAAGAUUUUCUUUCAAACCAAACACUAAAAUAACUCACAUUUAAUAAACCAAUGCUUAAAAUACAUACAAAAUCCCUAUCCUCCACCGAAACCUCCAACAAAUCAAACCCAUAAACCCAGAAAAAUCAUCAAAUCCACAUGAAAAAAGACAAACCCAACAACAAGUGAACAGAUCAGAAACCCACCGAUCGAGCCACAUCGCCACCGAUCCUGCAAUCCGAAACCCACAUGAACAGAUUAAAGCACCAAUCAAAGAGGAGAUGGUGAAGCUUUCCGAGCAAGCCUAGUGGUACAAGACGAUGGUGGAGUUCAUGGAGAAGGUCUCGGCGGUGGUGGAGAGCGAGGAGCUCACCGUCGAGGAGCGAAACCUUCUCUCCAUGGCGUACAAGAACAAGAUCGGCGCGAGGCGAGCAUCGUGGUGCAUCAUCUCCUCGAUCGAGCAGAAGGAGAGCCGCGGCAACGAGGACCAUGUGUCCAUGAUCCGGGACUACAGAUCCAAGAUCAAGUCGGAGCUCUCCAACAUCUGCGACGGAAUCCUCAAGCUCCUUGACACCAAACUCAUCCCCUCCGCCACCACCGGCGACUCGAAGGUCUUCUACCUCAAGAUGAAGGGAUUUUGUUGCUUCUCAGUUUAGUUGAUUUCCCUGCUGGUGAGCCCGUACAUGUUAUAGCCCCCAUAGGUGCCACCUUCCUUAGGCAAAGGGCUGCUCACUUGAGAGUUGGCUCUUCACGUCCUAAAGGUGAGUCUUCUAGUGCUAUACUCUCUCCUCCCUCUUCUACAGGUGCUGUUACGGCUGAGGCAUCUGGUGCUGCUGCUGAUGCUGAUGUUGAUGUUCCUCAAUCGACUACUUCAGAUGAUUCAAACAUUCGACGUACGUUGAAUCAUGUCUUAACCAUUCAGGGGGAGAGUUGUUUUUUGUUUGUUGGAGCUUGUGGAGAUUAGAUUGUAUCUAGGUGCUUCACUUUGUAUUUACCUUUUUAGC